UAAAAUGAAGCACAUAGGAUGAAUCCUGUUGAUUGCUCGUAAUUCCUAGUGAUAUUUGAGUUUUUUGUAACGCUGAGUUUCAGAAUGAGGCUAUAUUUAAUCGUUUGGAAUGCGGUUCUCGUUGCAUGUACCGCUUGUAAUUUAAAAGAUUCUAUUGAUGCAUCUUCCGUUGUCGUCGAUCUCCUUAAUUCAGCCACAGUGCUACUGAAUGACGCCAAGAAAUAUGCAAAUAAAUGUAGCAGUUGUACAGAUGCAGAGUUAACUUUAAAUAAGCCGAUGGAUUGCGCUGAGAUAAAGAUGAAUAAUAAAACUUCGAAAAGUGGCAUUUAUAAUAUUUGGCCAGCAAACAGAAUCAUCAAGACUUCAGUGAAAGUUUAUUGCGAUAUGGAAGAUGAUAAUGGAGGAUGGACAGUAAUCCAAAGACGAGGUGAUUUUGGCAGUGCAAAAGACUACUUCUACCGUGACUGGGUUUCAUACAAAAAGGGAUUUGGAGACCUCAUGAAAGAUUUUUGGCUCGGUAAUGAUAACACUUUUGCCUUGACGAAUGAAAGAAGCAAUCAAAUCAAAAUUACGUUAACUGACUGGGAAGGCAACACAACUUACGCUAUUUAUGAUGAGUUUUGGAUAGAUGAUGAAUAUCAUAAGUACGCUGCUCAUGUAAUGGGAUACAGAGGAACGGCUGGUGAUUCUUUCUCUGGUGUAAACGGGGUUCCAUUUAGCACCAAAGAUCAAGAUAAUGAUACUCACGAAGGAAGUUGUGCAGUCUCUUAUAAAGGAGCUUGGUGGUAUACAAAAUGUCACUCUUCCAACCUCAACGGAUUUUACUUGAAAGGACCACAUGAAUCUCAUGCUGAUGGCGUAGAAUGGCAUGGAUUUAGAGGGCACUAUUACUCAUUGAAAGAUACUGUUAUGAAAGUACGUUCCAUAGAUUACCAAACAACAGGAAAAGGCCGAACUGAUAUUACACCACUGUAGGGAAAAACACGCUUAAAUCGUGUUUAAAAUUUCUAUUGAUGUCCCAGCAUUACAAGAAGAAAUGCGUGAUAUAAUCAUUGCUUUUGUUAUCAUUGUUAUAAAAAGAUCACAAGACUGUCUUAUUUAGGAUUAUUAUUUUUAAGUUAUUUCCUGUUGCAAUUUAUGUAAAUAAUAAAAUAAUUCAUUUUA